UGCAGUGGCAGCAGGCAUGGGAAACAUGGACAUGCUGCUUUACGCACAUCAGAAUGGAUGUGCUUGGAGCAUGUUUACAUGCCGCAAUGCCGCAGAAGGUGGAUACUUGGAUGUGGUCAAGUGGCUUCAUGAGAAUGGAUGUCCAUGGGAUAGCAGUGUUUGUGCAAAGGCUGCUGAUAAGGGGCAUUUGGAUAUCCUCAAAUAUGCACAUGAACAUGGAUGCCCAUGGGAUGAAUCUACAUGCAAGGAAGCUGCUGAGAAGGGGCAGCUGGAGAUGCUGAAAUAUGCACACGAAAUGGCUGUCCAUGGGACAAGAAUGUUUGCGAACGAGCAGCUUGGUUUGGGCAUAUUCAAGUCUUACACUAUGCCCAUGAGAACGGAUGUCCAUGGGAGGAUGGCACUUGUAGCAGUGCUGCCUGUCGCGCCAACUUUGAAAGCCUCAAAUAUGCCUAUGAGCAUGGUUGUCCAUGGGAGGAAGAACUGAUUGAUGAAGCAGCAAGGAGUUGGCUUCCACGUGACGAAGACGGACUUGACGUGGAAGAAAGGAAAUGUCGUGGAUAUGUUCUUAAAGUUGCCACUGAACGUGGAUGCCAUGUAGUGGAUCAACUUGAAUAGGACCAAGAUUCUGAAGAGGAAGAGAGUGGCCAAGAUUCGGAAAAGGAUGAAAGUGGCAGCUAUUUGUCGGAUUUGAAGGGUGACGAAGAUGCAGAGAAUGAUGAUCGGGUGGAGGAGGAAGGAGAGGGAGACGAGAAGGAGGAGCAAGUCUAGUUGCUAGUUGCAUUGGCAGUAUCUGUAUCCAAUAUGACCUAACUAUAUAUGUAGCUGCUGGCUAGCUAGCAGUCAUUGAAUCUGAUCU